CUCUGCAGCAAUUCCAGAGAUCCGUCAAUCAUGCAAUGCAUUUUAAUACGUCAGAUUUUGUUUGCGCAGGCACCCAUCCCUGUUCAGAUCCCCAUGGGUGAUUUUACGAAAUUUACCGAGCGGCCAGCUUCUUAUCCUACAAGAAGCGAGGAAGGCCACGGAAGCCAGCGCACAGAAAACCCUGGCAUGAGAACGCCCAUGCGACGAAAUGACGUGAAUGAAGAGGAGACUCUAGCUGGGCGCGAAAAUUUUCGUUAUUCGCCAACAGGCCAUACAUAUGUCGUAGAUGGAUUCUGCGAAGGGAGAAGUUGCCCAUCUGCCCAUAUGGUUGCUUUUUUUUUCCCGCUGUUUAUGAUUGAUGCUUGCGCGGAUGAUUUCUCCGCUAUCGAAACUGAAACUGCAAGCGCCAACGCUCAAAAUCUCAUUUCUCGCCAAUCCUGCUGGCGGGUUAGUCAGGCUGCAGGGUCCACCGCGCCAAGAGGUGUCAAACAGGGUUUGUCCCUUUGGGCGUCAGUCUAG